AUGGAGGCCAAUUUUCAACAAUUGUCGCUUUCGGACGAAGAGGAUGAGGGGUUGGCUGAGGUUCCGGUUGCUGAUGCCCCUUCUUUUCGAUAUAAGAACUGUUUUAUGGGGGUCGAAAUCACUGAGUUGGAAGCCAAAAGGUAUCUUUUUCGUUUUUUUGCGGUGGUGGAUUUGGAACGUGUUUUGCGAGGGACACCCUGGCUGUACAACAAUCAUCUACUUAUUCUCCAUGCACUAAUGGAGGGGGAAGACCCUUUGCAGGUUCCAUUGAUUUUUGUGGAUGAGUGGGUGCAGGUUCAUGAUCUAAAGACAGAUUUCUAUACGGCAACGAUUGCUAUUAAUCUGGGGAAUUUUGUUGGCUCUUUUUUGGAUUAUGAUACUACAUACUGCUCUUCUAAUGAAAAGGAUUCUUAUAUGAGGAUUAGGGUUUGGGUGGAUGUUAGGAAUCCUCUUAAACGCAGGAAGAAGCUGGUUACACCUACAGGAGAGGCCUUUUAUGCUCGCUUUGCUUAUGAGAGGUUCAUGGUUUUUUGUUUUUUCUGUGGCCGUCUCGGCCAUACUGAUUCUUUCUGUGGUUUAUUAUUGCAUAAAGAGAAGAAAGAGUUGCAACCUCUAUGGGGGCCAGAACUUCGCGCAGUCCGCCGUCGCAAUCUCCGCCCGACCAGUUCAUGGCUACAGGUGGAAACACCGUUUGUUCAGGCGACGUUAUCUCCGAAUAAUCAGGGCCCUUCUCUAGGAUGUGAAGAUGACCCAAUGCAGCAUUCUGUUGAGGGGAAAAAACGACAGCAUUCUCCUACAGCCAGCAACGUUUCUAAUGCCAUGGAUUCAUUGCCGGUUAAUUCUACUCCAACGGUCGAACCUGCAAGGCGGGUCGACCGACAGCUAUGA